CGUCAGUACAACAGCAGUACAAUCGUCACUCACUCAAUUCCUUAUUCGUGACUGAACGUGAGUCAGGAAUGAAUAUUCACCCCCACAUUAACCGACCUGUCGCACCGCACCGCACAAGAUUGGAAGGGGAGAUAGGUAGGGGGGUACCCAUAAUUUUUUCCGCCCAUGUAUUGCUUUACUUUCCAGUAGUGCAAACAUACGCAUGCACAGGUCUCGCCGAAGGUUUUACGCAGAACAACCCUUAGUGUCACACCACAUCAUUUUCCAUUCGGCUAUCCUCUGGCUUCCUCGCUUGGCAGAAAUGUGCCUCAUCUAUCAGUCGAUGGAUCGGCAUCCUCAAGAUGCAACGGGAAGCGUCCUCGGCGCACCAUCAAUCCAUGGCGUCGCCUCGGAGGCGCUCUUGCUCCAGGUGCCCCCUGGUUCUCUCGUAAUCGUUGUCAGGACUCCACGUGCGACUAUCAUUCAGAGGGUAUACCGUAAGUCGGCUCGUCCAGCAUAAGCAAUGAGUGGUCCAUUGUCCACCUGCAGGUAUCUAGGGUCUGGUCGAGAUACAUCUCACGGGUCAGCGGUCACCCCGAGGUCUUCGAAUGGAUACCGCAAUGUUGAGGUAUGGAGGCCAGCUGAGGCCGCACGGGCACAUUGGAUAUGGGGUAGUGUAUUUCACCCCUACAGGAUGCCUUCUCUCUGACAAUUCAGGCACUCUCGCCCCUGUCCCUUCGCAACUGUCAUCUUCUCGACAGGGCUCAGCCCGACACGGAGGGGCUGCUCGUGCAUACUUGCAUCCCCUUCUCUCUUUCUCUGGCGAUUGUGGUGAUGUGGUUGUUCACGGUAGGAUUGUGUCUUCGACAUUCAGGUACCCUCAUGUUAUUCCCUUUGGGUCGGCCCCCUCUCCCUACUCUCUUCCAUGCGACGUCACAGGGACGAGGCAGCGACGAGCGUCCGGCUGCACUAACCUCCGCCUGCAAUUACGAAGCAGUAGCUAGCACAAGAGGUCCAUCUCUCUCCCUUGCGUGUUGCAGGAGCACUGGGUGUCGGUGAUAUUUGUUUGCUUGAGUGAGAGUUAUGUGGCGGGCAUCCAUCACUGGCUGACAUCGUCAGGCCUAUAUGAUGAUGCCUUGGAUGGGCAAGGCUGUAUAGUCUGGUGCUAGUUACCCUGCAGUUCCAUGUUAUGAGACUUCGAUAAGAGUCGAUCUUCAUUUCAAGUGUGG